AUGGGUCAAUUCGACUGGUUCUCUAGCAUCGGCGCCACAGACGAAGCCGUUGCUGUCCUGAACGACCAACCUAUCAUAUUCACCAUCCUCUUGGUCGUCCUUGUCGCCGUUGUCGUGCAGAUUGUCCUUCUCUGGUAUAUUCACUACGCCACCAUGAAGCCUGAACAGCGCAAGGCAGCCCAGGACAAGAAGGAUAAGAAGAAAGCAGCAAAAACCAAGAAGGCCGGCAAAUAA